AGUGUUCGACUCGAAGAUACGUAGCCGCCAUGUUUGCUUUGUAAUAGUUGGAAUCGAUUUGUAGACGAAUAAUAUAGUUGAAAACCACAACAAGUGAUUUAUUAUCGUUUGUGUAGGUAGUCAACGAAGAUAAACGUCCAACGUUGAUGAAAAGCUCAUUAUGAGCUCAGACGGAACUCGAGAUGUGGAUGCUAAAGGUGGCGAUAGCUUCGUAAAUGUCCUGGAUGACAUCCUUGACCUUGAUGGUAAUGCAGGAGAGGAUGAACUAACAGCAGAAAUAAACCAAGAAAAAGAGGCAUCUGAAAUUGCAGUAGAAGAGAAAACAAUUGUUAAAGCAGAUCAAACAAAGAAGAAAACAGUUGUAAAAAGGACAGUAGCCAAAUCCAAACCAACAACCAAAAAAGUGGUGAAGAAAACAGUUGUGAAGAAGGAAGGGUCUGCUAAUUCUGCUGUGAAGAAAUCAGCCACACCCUCAAAGGCAGCUCCGGCCAAAACUGUAAAGAGAAAAUCAACUCCAACUGAUAGACCUGUGGUAUCCAAAAAGUCAGACCAGGGAGACCUUGCAGCGGAGGUACCAGAAAAGGUUGCUAAAGUUGAAAGACCCAAAACUAAAGUUGUGAAGAAAGUCGUGAAGCCUAAGGCAAAGAAAGAAGUUCAGACAAAGGUUAAACAAGCAGAUCCAGUUGAGGAAGACGACAUAGGUGGUGACGAGUCAAGGGAAGAGGGUCAGGGAGACGAUUCGGAAGAUCGCAUCCAUCUGAGUCUCAGUGCUGAGGAAUCUGAGGAACUUCGGCAGAGUGGAGAGGUCAUGGAUAAUCAUGGCUACGACACCCGUAGUGAGACGGGCAGCACUGGAGAGGAGUCGGUGGCCAGUGACAGUGAACCCAACACUGAUGGUGAGGCCAGUCCAAAGAAGAAGAAGCCUAAACAUGGGGGAAAGAAGAAGCGCCAGAGAGAAAUAUCCCCCAUUGAGUGGGACCGACAGAGUGAAGAGAGUGAGGAAAAUGAUAUCACUGAUGCCAGUGAAGAAAGUGAAGAUGAUGAAGAGAAGAGUGUGAAGAGCGGAGAGGGAGGCAAGAGUGACAGCGAGACAGAAAGGCGAAGAUAUGCCAGCAAGGUGAAGUACCUCUUCAAGGGUGCCAGGUACUUCCUUAUCAAGAGUAACAACCAUGAGAAUGUAGCUCUUGCCAAAGCAAAGGGUGUGUGGUCAACACCGCCUCAAAAUGAAGCCAAGCUCAACCAAGCUUACAGGGAAUGUAAUAAUGUAAUACUCAUCUUCUCGGUGAAAGAGAGCGGCAAAUUCCAAGGGUUUGCUCGUAUUGGUGAGGAAUCGACCAAGGACCACCCUCCCAUCAGAUGGGUUCUACCCCCAGGGAUGAGUGCCCGUGCUCUGAGUGCUGUCUUCAAACUAGACUGGGUUGGGAGACGAGAACUGCCUUUUACAAAGGCUGCUCAUCUUCACAACUCCUGGAAUGACAACAAGCCAGUGAAAAUAGGAAGAGAUGGCCAGGAAAUUGAGCCCCGAUGUGGUGAAGCCCUGUGCAAGAUGUUUCCACCAGACAACAAGCUGGACAUCAGUUCAAUAGUACGCAAAGCUCGGAGAUCCCGUCCUCUUGUGCGCCCGGAGAGACCCCGCGACAGACCAAGGAAUCCGCGCUUCAACGACAUGGCUAGGCGGCGACGACACAGUCGAGAGAAUUUUUAUGAAGGACCUCGAAACAAGAGAAGCAGAGGUGACUUUGGUGGCAGAGAUGGAUUUUUCAAAGACAAAAGAAUGGAUAGAGGACCUCGUGGCUUUCCAGGUGUUCGACGGGAAACCUUCUUGAAUGGGUCCUACAGUGACUACAUGAGAGAGUUUGCCCACAACCGACCUCCAGUUCCUCCCAUGGCACCGUAUGGUCCACCGCCUCCUGGCUACUUUGAGCCGCCACCAUCGUACACCACCCACUAUGAUAACCGUGCACCCCGGGACUUCAUGUCUGGCCCCAACUACGGAGAUAUGUCCAUGAACAGACAGCGGAGGGAUGGCAGAGAACCUGAUAAACGCUCGUACGAGAGAGAAGUGAAUGAGUUUCUUCGGCGAACAAGUCAUGGCACACUUGGCAGUAGUCGAGAUCGGGAACGGGACAGGGAUCGUGACCGUGAUCGAGAAAGGGAUCAUGAUAGAGAUAGGUCACGCGAGAGGGACAGGCGUCAUCGAGACCGUCGAUAAUGGGAUGCAGUGAGAUCCAGUUGUACAAAGAGGGGUUCUGUGAAGCUUUGUGGUUUAUGCUCAUGGGGUUGUGUGAAUGAGGGAUAGCCUUGAGAUGUGUUCAACACUGUUGCUACCCAACUGUGGUCAAAAUAUUUUGUAGACAUAGAUAGGAAAGGCGAUGUUAAACUGAUUCAGUAUGUAGUUUUACUGUUGAAAUGCCAAGAAUAUUAAAGAGAAAAAAGUCUUAUGAAAGAGGCAUGUAUUGACGACAAAGGCAGUAUGUGUGUGGAGAUAUUCCUGGUGCGUAGCAUGUUGAAUCACAUGGUAUGUUGAUGAAAGAAAGAACAGUGGAGGGUGAAUGUAAACUGAUCUGAACAAAAUAGAAAUGUCUUUAUCAUUCUGUAUGAUAUACUGUCCAUUGUUCUCAUCCAUAUGCAAAUCUCUCAUCCACAGUUGUCUUCUAGAUCUGCUAGUGAUACUGUUAAAACACAUCAGUGCAUUUAUGAAAAUUAAUAGUGGUGCACAAGUGCUGUCUUCAGACCAAUGUUUCUGAGUACCUUUGGAUAUGGAAAAUGUCCAAGUUUGUAUUGGAAAGUGAAAGAGAAUUGUUCCUUGAUUAUUCUUAUUACCAUUAGUUAAAUUUUGUUUGUGCUUUUGUGAUUUGUUUCCUAAGCUGAAUGUGAUGCAAGUUACACUUGAGUUAACUUUUGUAGAUCUUUGUAUACCAUAUUUUGAUAGUCUUGAACUGUUGAUAAACCUGAAAUAGAACUGCUUCCAUCCCAAAUGACAAUUUUCAAUAAAUGUUAUUUAAAACAGAGAUACUGCAGGGAUGCACUUAAACAUGAAAAGGCUGCUUUAAGAUUUAUACCUACAAAUUUAAGGCAUGUUUUUUUCACUCGUAGCACCAGUAGAACCAAUGUACAUUCACUCUGCAGGGAUUGGGAUAGAUAACUUUGACAAUGGGCCAUUUUCAGGUUUAUUUGCCAUUUUCAGGAUUAUUAGCCAUUUUCUGAAUUUAGAAUGGGCCACUGCCCUUGUAUCAAUAGUAAACUUCAAAAUUUUAAUUAUGGCCCAUGGCCUACCUUUCCCAAUCCCUGACUCUGUGUGUAUCACUUAUGCUAAGUGACUAUCUGUAUGUUUAUGAGUUGAUGAGUAUAGUUGGUUACAGAAACAACAAAGACUAUUCUAGGUAUGUGUAUGUUUUGAUAUGGCAAUAUACUUCAUAAGAACAUGACUAAUAUGUUUUGUAUUGUCCAGUCAUUUGCAAUUAAUCAUUAAGGAAUAUUUAGGAAAUGGGAAAUCUUGUACUGUUUCUUUUAUGUGUUUUUGUAAUCAGAACAAAGUUGGGGCAUUUUGCAGUAUUUGCAGACACCUUUCUGUCCUGCCAGUGUAUUGUGACAUAAACAGUGAUUUUGUACUACACUCUGUGAUGAUUCAGUGCAUUUACCAUGUUUAACACUCUUUCUGGUGGUCACUGUUUCCCUUGAGACACAUGACUUCUACAUUGAAAUGCCUUAAUUGCAUUGAUGUAUUUUACUUGUAAAGAAAACGUAUAAUUUGUUUGCUGUCUUGUUCUGUGGCCAUCUUGCUGUUACAUAUCCAGUCUCAUCAAUUCAUUGUGUGGAAGAGAUAAUGAUAUGAAAUCCUGUAGAUGUCCAUUUGUUUACGAUCCUUAGAUUUUGCUGAAAUCCUGUGAAAGAAACUCGGUAGUAACAUCAUAUUAAUUCCCUACUCAUUUGAAGGCAUCACAUUGUUGUUUCAUCAAGCCCAAAUUUCUUGUAUGAUCAUCAUUGAUUACAGUUUUUCAGUCUUCGUACAAUUGAGAUAACCUUCCCAUAUGUCAGAAGUUAUUUACUAUAUGUUAUGAUGAGUUACAGGUGUCUUUAUUCAAUGGCCUGUAUGUUUUAAAUUUCCUGAAAAACAAUAUAUCUAUUAAACCUUCAGAUUCAUUGACAUACUUUCAUUACUGACAGCUGAUGGUAGUUUCCUAUAGUGUGUUCUGGAGAGACCUUUGCUGGAUUAUUUGUUCUCAUCGGCCUUUGGAAGGUUAACAUUUUAACCAAGUAAAUCAUAUCGUGAACAUACAUGAUGAAGACAUAGUAAUUUGUCCUCUAACCAUCAUUUGAUAUUUUUAAUAUUUCUCAUUUGUUUUUGGCAUUCAUGUUGUUUAAAUGGUAUGUCAUACUUAGCAAUAACUUAUUAAAUGUGUCAACUAUAAGGGCCCUGUCAUCAGAGUUGUCAUGGAAUACUACAGAAAGUGGAGAAAUGUACAUUUUGUAUGUAAGUGAACUACAUAUAGAGAAUAAACAUGAAGCAAAACAGGAACAGAAAAUAAUACCUGUGCUUAUGAAUGGUCAGAUGUAACAAGUACACUUUUUACAAUCAUACAUUUGCUUCGUUUCAUAACCUCAAUUGCCAUGAUGGUGAAAUAUUUUCUUUUCAGAUUUGUUUGUGGUAGAAGGUUACAUGUAAUUAAGUAUUAUCAGAUAGUUAGGUUAAAGGUUUUUAAGUCUCUUGAACUAUAAGGAUAGAGGGGACUGCUUGGUCUUUGAUUUGUGAAAAACAUUACAGAUUGACAGUAUUAGUUGAUUAAUUUUUCAGAAGUCAGGCAGGCAACCUGAAAUUUUGACAUUUGCUGGACUUAAAUACAAAAAAGAAAACCAUAACUGAGGUUGAACGAUGCCUUGUAUACUCUCAGAUGUUGUUGUGACCAUCUUAUUUAUCCUGUUUGUGCAGUAUUAAUACAUGGUUUAGAAUACGGACGUCAGAAUUUGCUAUUUUCUGUGCAGAGUUAGGUCCCUUGGAUGUAUCUGGAUGUUCAGGUGAGGAUUAGAACCCCUGAUUCUCGUUCAUUUUCCCCAAGAGUUUAGAGUCUGUAAUAGAUACAGUGAUCUGAGGACAUUUAGCUUUCUCCUUCAUAAGAUCGGUAAUGUAGCUGAAGUCCUCGUAGAAUGCUUUCACUUGCUUAACCAAAGUGAUUAAACUUAGGCUUUCAUUUAGUUAAGUCAUUUUUGUUUUCUAUGGAAAUUUGAAUGCCUUCACAUGGAAAGCUUAGUCUGUUUUAGUCUUUCUGAUAUUCACAUUUUAGUUUAAAACUUAAUGAUUGAGUGUAAGUUUUAAGAACUUAAGAUGCCCUUUCCUUGGUAAAAAACUAUAGUGUUCUGAGCCAAAGAAGAAUAUUGUCGGUCCACACAUUUCAUUAUUUAGUUCAUAACACAGUCAUCGUGUACAUAAAUCUGUCUCAUUGUUUUCAUAUCAGAAGGUCUUCAUGAAACACUCAAAUCGGUCACACUUGUCCUUCAUGUACAAGUUUUAAAAUGUAUUGUAAAUAAAUACUUUAUAAGA